AUGUUUGAAUUACAGAAAGAACAGGAAACAGCCGACAGCCUCUCUCCACAUCUGUUUCACUGCGAUUCCCAUCGGCCUACUAAUUCUCUGCCAACCAAUCAUCUACCAACCAACGAUCUGCCAACCAUUCAUCUAGAUCAACCAGCCUUGGUCCAAGUCAUCCUCAUCCGUCAAGACAUGAAUCAACUGGGCAAGAACGAAUCAGAAGUGAACAAACCAACCCAAACAGGUAGGGAACAAACGGACACAAAUCAGCCAGGUACAAAUCUGCCAGACUUGUGCUUGUUUGAUAUGAACCAACCAGAGAGGCAUCGACUAAGCAUAAGUCUUCAUGAUAUGAAGAAAUUAGACAUGAAAUAUCUUGAUAUGUUACAAUCAGAAGUAGGCCAGAAAAGCUUGAGUCAUCCCAGCUUGUGGCAACCAGGUAUGAGCAAUCCGAUCUCAGGUCAGCCAGGUACAAGCCACUUAGAAAGGAGCCAAGAAAAUAAGUGGUGUCCAGUGGAGGUACCAUCAUGCAAAAAUUGCCAAGAUACGAGUGAACUAAGUAAGAGCCAGGAAGCUUUGAGGAGCCCAGUUGUCAUCCGUUCAAUCAUGACCAAGCUGGACAUGAGCCAGUUAACCAUCGAUAGGUUGAGCGUCAGCAGUCAAUCAGAUGCAAGUCAAUCCGGGCCAAGCCAAUCAAGUAAGAACAAUCUAAACUUGAAUCCACCAAGCUCUAGUCAAUCGAAUGCAACUGAACAAGGAAAGCCAAGACAAUCAAGCAAGAACUAUCUAAACUUGAAUCCACCAAGCACUAGCCAAUCAAAUGCAAGUGAACAAGGAAGGAGCCAAUUACCUAAGACACAACAAAGCACUACUUCUUUUCAAAUAAGACCCGCAGAGCCUGAAGACUGCGGAGAAAUCCUGCGUCUGAUUAAAGAAUUGGCUGCCUCCGAUGAUAUGCAGCAUACAGUGAAGAUAACAGCAGGAGAUUUACUCAGGGAUGGCUUUGGGGUCAAUCCUCUUUUUUACUGCCUGGUUGCUGAAGUUUUCCAACAACAAAAAAAAUCAGCAAAAGAAAUAGUUGGAUUUGCCAUGUACUACUUCACCUAUGAUUUGUGGAUAGGCAAGGUCCUUUAUCUUGAAGAUUUUUAUGUCAUCCAUGGUUACCAAGAUUUAGGAAUUGGAACUGAAAUGCUAAGAAAAAUAAGUCAAAUAGCCAUUAGGUCCCAGUGUGGCUACAUGCACUUUCUCGUUGUCCUUUCAAACCAAGAUUCUGUUGAUUAUUAUACUCAUCGAGGAGCUGUAGACCUCUCCUUUGCUGAGGGCUGGCAUCUGUUCAGAUUUACCAGAGAAGAUCUGCAGGCUAUAGCAGGGGAAGAAUGA